AUGGGCAUCUGUAAGUACCAUGCUCAUGGAAAUCAUAAGUCGAAAAUUUUGCAAAAGGCACAAUUUCAGCCAUGUGCUCGACGCCGAUGGAAAUGCAUGAUAACUAAGACCGAGGUUUUCGUUGAUCAACACAAUAUGUAUCGACUUAUGAUUGUGAUUGAAGCAAAUCAACGAUUGCAAGUAUGUCAAAAAAUGCGGUUUUUGAGCAGCGCCUCACGUCAAGAACGGACUACCUGGGGGCCAGAGCACAUAUGGAGCUGUUAUGGAUUGGUUCUUGAACUACCAAUUGUUUGUGUUCCUGACGACGUUUGCAAUUUCUCCAUGGAACUUGAUAUAUAG